AACCCUUCGAAAUACAGCCGAAAAGGUUUUUUCGUUGAAAGUUGGGUAUUUGACGGCCGAUUUUUAAAAUUAACAUGUCAUCACAUUUCCUUUUAAGCUAUGAAGUCGUUUACCCAUGGUUAGGUGAAUGCGAUGAAUAUCUCGCUAGUAAGAGCCCCGGUCCCGUCAGUACAGCUCGGUGGCUUACAACAGCUUCCAGGUUACUUCGGGUAUAUGUUUCCAAAGAAAGCCCGUCAGCGGAGUUGCGAAACAUGGUAGAGUUUGUUGUGAAAGUUUAUGCACCAUUCUGGUUUCUUGUAAAGAGCCAGCCACAAGCAAUUCAUGGAAGUAGACACGUUUUUAAGUAUAUUUGCUGGAUACGCGAACUAUCAAAUGCUGUUCAAGCCAUUAUACGUUCAGCUAUAGAAAAUAAUGCAUAUUAUUUUCACCCAGAAAAUAUAUUAUUAGCCAUGAUAACCGACGCUGAUCCAGAGAUACGUAAUGAUGGGUACGAAAAAAUCAAAACAGCACGUCAAUAUCCACCAGCAGGGCUUCGCGUGUUCAAGGUCCCAAAGCGUGGCGUAAUAAACUUUGAAAGUAAGUCGUAUGUCAGCAUGAUCGAUUGGAGUCAGUUUAAGAUUACGGAACCCCCUUGUGUGCAGUUCUACCCAGAUAGUGAACUUACAAUGUUUCAAUUUUCGGAAAAUGAAGUGAUAAAUAUCCCAGAGUUCCUCUGUCAUUCCCAGAAUACCGAACGGUUUGUGCGUGUUGUUAGUGAGUCUGCAAGUGCUGUCACUGAUGAAAAGCGCCUGGGCCACAUUUUUGCAAAAUUAGAAAGCCGAGACCAAUAUAAAAGCCUUGAUUCGCGCCAAAAUUUGCUUAAGUAGCAAUAAAUAUUGUAAGUGAAAUAACUUUUUUGUUGAUUAUUUUAGUAAUAUAGUUUGAAGGCAACAUUUUCUUGAAUUUUUAAGUA